AUGGACAGCAACUUACGGGCAAAAGCCUCGCCCAACUACUCGGGCAGGCUCACGAGGCAUAAUUCGCUCGAAUCAUUCCAAAACCACCACCUACCGCCAUUGAGGACCGACGUCGAUCGAAGCUACCCGAUGGCACUUGACGAGAAAGCCAACAAGUUUGAAAGCAUGGCGUCGACGCCGACGCUCGAGGCCCAGGAGGAGGGCAAGGGCGGCGGCAAGGGCAGCGGCAACAACCACGGCGUCGGCCACGACCACGACGGCGGCGUCGACAUCUACGACCCCAACCGGCCCAAGCUGGGGCCCAAGCAGCGCCUGCACCACCUCACCUGGGCCUGGUUUACGCUGCCCAUGAGCACGGGGGGGCUGUCGCUGCUCAUAUAUGCGCAGCCGCACCAGUUCCCCGGCCUCCGGGCCAUGGGGACGGUGGUGUACGCCAUCAACAUUGUGAUUUACCUGUCGCUGCUGGCGCUCAUGGUGGCGCGUUUCGUCAUCCACUCGGGCGACAUGUCCAAGUCCCUCAAGCACCCGCGUGAGGCCUUGUUCGUGCCGACGCUGUUCCUGGCGACGGCGACGGUCAUCACCAGCUCGGACCGGUACGCCAUCCCCAAAAACGACGUCGGGCUCGUGUGGGCGGUGCAGGGCGCCUUCUGGGCCUACGUGGCCGUGACGCUGGUCCUCGCCAUCGGCCAGUACAGUUACAUCUUCGCGGCGCACAGCUACGGCCUGCAGACCAUGAUGCCGACGUGGAUCCUGCCCAUCUUCCCCAUCAUGCUCUCGGGCACCAUCGCGUCCGUCAUUGCCGAGACGCAGCCCGCCGCCGCCGCCAUGUCCAUCCUCGUGGCCGGCCUGUCGUGCCAGGGCCUGGGCUUCGCCGUCGCCGUCCUCAUGUACGCCCACAUGGUCGGCCGGCUCAUGCAGUCCGGCCUGCCGAACCGGGAGCACCGGCCGGGGCUCUUCAUGUGCGUGGGGCCGCCGGCCUUUACGGCCUUGGCCAUCAUCGGCAUGGCCAAGGGCAUCCCCGCCUCGGCCAACCAGGACCACCUCGGCAUGCCCGUCGACCUGACCACCAUCCGGACCCUGGCCCUCAUCAGCGCCAUCUUCCUGUGGUCCCUGAGCCUCUGGUGGUUCGGCAUCGCCGUCGUCGCCGUCGUCCAGGCCGUCCCCAAGUACUUCCACCUGGGCUGGUGGGCCAUGGUCUUUCCCAACACCGGCUUCGUCCUGGCAACCAUAGCCAUUGGCAAGGAGCUGGACAACGAGGGCGUCUUGUGGUUUGCCACUGGUCUGAGCAUCUGCUUGCUGGGCAUGUACCUUUUCGUCUUGUUCUGCAACAUCAAGGCCGUCAUUACCCAGGACAUUAUGUACCCCGGUAGGGACGAGGACGUCGAAGACCACUAG